ACGCUGGUGGACCAGAGCAAGGGUGCCCGGGAGGCGAUAAGCCGCGAGGACUCCCGCGUGGAGGGCAGGCAGGAGAAGGUGCGGCAGAGAGAGAGGAGGCGCUGCACGCCAUGCUGCAGGAGCUGCGCACCCCAUCAACACGACAGGAAGCUUACGAGGUGAUUGAGGAUGCAGACCAUCUGCUGGAGGAGGAGGAGAGGGCGGCAGUGUUUCCUGACGUCCACGUGGUCACCACCGUCGCCAGGGUUGCAGAGUCAUCCCGUUCAGCCCUGCAGGCCGCCACCCUGCAGGCCACACAGACGGCCAUUGAGCCAGCAGGCUCUACUGCUGCUGCUGCUGCUGCUGCUGCAGGUGACUCCAGCCUCUCGGAGUCACCUGCCGCAGCCUCCUCCAUCGCGGACAGGCUGGCGGCCCUGCUGGAACCGAGUCUGACGGCGGAGGAGCUGCUGAGGCUGACGCAGCGUGCCAGGGGCCUGGUGGAGGCCGGCCGUGUCUUGGCCGUCCAGGACGUGGAGGGACAAACUCGGCACGCCAGAAUCAGCCUGGAACACGGCCGCCUGCACCUCCACUCCCUGCAGGCCACGCCCCCGCCCCCCCACGCCCUCACCCUGCAGAUGGGCGAGGUGGUGCCGGCCGCCCCGCCCUGCGAGGUGUUCCUGGACCUGGCGUGGCCCGGCAGUGCGGCGCGGCGGGUGGUGGUGAGUCUACCCGGGACACCCCAGGGGCCGGCAGUUUGUGUUGCUGUGCUCGGGGCAGCGGGGCGCCUGCUACGCCAACACCUCCUUGUUUAGGGUGUGGGGUGAGGGACAGCCGGGGGAGUGGGUGGAGGGAGGUGACUAUGAGACCAAUGAUGGGGGGGGAGGAGCCGCCCUGCUGCCUCGCCUUCACCAGGGUGACUACUGGAGGUCAGGCAAGGCGGGGGCUGUGUGGUGGCCAUGGGGGGAGGUGUGUCGAUGCCCAGGGUGCUCAGUUCGGCAUCACCACCCGGGACUGUCCGCCUGGUGGUGUGGUGGUGGUGAUGUUGGUGAUGUGUUUGGUGAGGUGGUGCGUGGCCUGGAGGUGGUGCAGGAGGCAGCCCAGCACCGCCCCAUUACUGAGGUGACUGUGGUGCAGUGUGGCGUCCUGCUCACACCACCACCACCACCACACUGACACACACACACACAUACACACACACACACACACACACAC